AUGUUAGCCGGAUCCGCUUUAAUUAGCCGAACCUUAGAAAAAAUUCAAAAAGGAAAAUUAUUAGCAUAUAGAGUCUAAUAAAUUUAUUCUGGCAACAUAAUAUCUAGUAGUAGAAGGAAACUGUACUUUUGGCAUAUGUAACCAUUUACUAAUAACCCUAUGUUGGAUGAUGAUAACAAGUUUUAGAAUAAACUCAUAAAUGCGCUACUAAUAAGAACCGAGGAAGAAAGUUAUUGA